AUGAUGAUGUUGAAAAAUAACCAUCAACACAAGUCAGUAGAUAUACCGAUAAACCAGGAGCCAAAAACGUUUGAACAACACAGGCGUGAGAUGUUGACCGGAUUACAGCAUAGACAUAAAGGAAGAAAACGACCUAGGCUUGCAAAUACUCCACACACUGAUACGUGGUCGGAUGUGAUAGAUAAUUGGGUUGAUUCAUCUUGGCGCAGUUGGGAUGAUGAGAUGCACAGACUAAGGCGUGGGAUGUUCGCACUUUUGCCUCUUGACAUUUUUGGUCUGAGAUCAUCUUAUCCAGACCCCUUUGACCUGAUGAACCAAAUGGAAGAUGAGAUUGAGGAGAUUCGAAAUCGCGUAGGCAUGAGUAGAGUUCCAGGAGUUGGUGCUCUUAAUGACUUCUUGAAGGAUGCUUAUGAGGUUGGUGAAGAUGGGAAGCUUUACUUCAAGGUACAUUUCGACACGAAGGGUUUUACCCCCGACGAUAUCAAGGUUGACUCUACAGAACAUCGUUUGACAGUUCAUGCGAAGAAAGUUUCAGAAUCUGAUUCAUCAAAAUCUUCUCGUGAGUUUUGUCGGAUGAUAGAGCUUCCUCAAACAAUCGAUCAUAACCAAUUGAAGUGUCGUUUGACAGAAGAUGGCGUUCUUAUGUUAGAGGCUCCUGUGAAAGCCCCCGACUAUGAGUCAAUCACAUUCACGGAUAAUCGUCGACUUGGGAUUCAUCCAAAGUCAGCAGAUCAGAUCCAGUCAGUCCCAGCAUCAAAGGCACUUGCUGUGAAAGGUGUAUCUGGUCCAACAAUUUUAGACGAUGAAGUAAAUGGAAAGCGUCUGCAUUUCGAAGUACCUGUUGAUCCAGUGUAUAAGCCCGAGGAUUUAUGCGUAAACGUAGAUUCCAAACGUGUUGUCGUGUCAGGAAUAAGUUAUCAGAAAGACAGUGGUUAUUUUAACAAGAAAAGGAGCAGUUCGUAUGCCGAGUUCACUCAUUCGUACGAAAUUCCAGAAACAGUAGAUCCGUUAUUAGUGACAGCUCAACUAAUUGACAAUAGAUUGGUUUUGGAGGCUCCUUUGUUAAAACGGCAUAAAGUCAGUUAUUAA